AUGUCAGACUCCAACAACAACACCUACUUCUUCCUAACAGGCCUCCCAGGGCUUGAGGCUGUGUACACCUGGCUCUCCAUUCCCCUAUGUGUCGUGUAUGUGGCUUCCCUGGCAGGGAACAGCCUGAUCCUGUGGCUGGUGAGGUCAGAGCCCAGCCUGCACCAGCCCAUGUACUAUUUUCUAUCCAUGCUGGCGGUGACUGACCUGGGUCUAUCUGCCUCUACGCUGCCCACCAUGAUCACCAUCUACAUGCUGGGUCUCAGACAGGUGGCGGUGGAAGUGUGUCUGGCACAGCUCUUCUUCAUCCACUCCUUCUCCAUCAUGGAGUCCUCUGUGCUGCUGACCAUGGCCUUUGACCGUUUUGUGGCCAUCAGCAGCCCUCUUCGCUAUGGCACCAUCCUCACAAACACCUGGAUUUUCAGCUUGGGCUUGGCCAUUGUGGUGCGUGGUAUAGGUCUCCACAUCCCAGUCCCCAUAAUGCUGAAGAAGCUUCCAUACUGCCGGAAUCGCCUGCUUUCCCAUUCUUACUGCCUACACCCAGAUGUCAUGAAGCUGGCCUGUUCUGACACCCUCAUCAACAGUGCCUAUGGUCUCUUUAUUGUGUUCUCUACACUGUGUCUGGACUCUGUACUCAUUGUCCUCUCCUAUGGGCUGAUCCUCCAAACAGUACUGUCCAUAGUCUCUAAGGUUGAGCGCCUCAAAGCCCUCAACACAUGUGUCUCCCACAUCUGUGCUGUGCUGCUCUUCUACAUUCCCACCAUUGGCCUAUCUAUAAUCCACCGAUUUGAGAAGAGAGCUUCCCCUUUCAGCUGUGUGCUGCUCUCUUAUUUGCACUAUGUCUUACCUCCGUUGCUCAACCCCAUUGUCUAUACUAUCAAGACUAAGCAGAUCCGACUGAAGAUAUUGCAACUCUUCAGGAGAGGUGGAAUAAGCAAAAGGGACAAAGAGCACCAUUAA